UUUCAAAGAAUAAAGUCUCCUCUGUCAUUUUAAAUUUCUGUUUCAGAACCUAACAUAAGAUUAUGGAAAUCAACAUAUGAAGGUUACAUCCAAAUAUAUGAUGGUUUAAGAUGGAUAUACUUUCAGGUCAAAAAUUGGGAUAAAAAUCGUCAGAAAAUGUUGUGCCAGCACUUGGGAUUUAACGAAACGGAUUAUUUUAGAACUGAUUUGUUUCGGAGUGGACCUGACUUUGCAACUGGAGACUUGAUAUGUUAUAACACACAAGCCAGUGGAACAUCUUGUUGUGCCCAUCUUGUUCCUUCUACAAACACUUCUUACCUGUCGUACGUCAAAUGUGAGUAAUGACAUAAGUAUAUCGCCGGGUCACUAAAUCAGCUCAAAUUAACUACGGUUGAUAUCCAACUCACCUGCAUAUUAUUAUAAUUUUUGUUAUGUUUAUGUAAUAAGUGUAGGAAAUUAGACGGUUUGAGAAGUAUUAAAUAAAUGGAAAAUAACACGUCACACUGAUAAAUUAGAUUUAUCGCUCGCGCUGAAAGCAUACAAAACAUUUGAUAUAAUUAUAAUUUCGUACCUACUACUAAUGCAUGGUUUAAAAUUUAGAGUUGAAUCAAUAGGCUGCUCGACUCUAGGUAGGUAGGACAAUCUACCUGACUCCGAUGCCGGUGAGGCGUUAAUUUACUUUCUCUAUUUGAACUGUAGGCAAGAUAUGCGAUAAUCCGUUACUCAAUAACGAAAAAACUUUUCCAGACUCCGUAUUUUCUGGCAGGGGUGGUGUUUGGUAUAGUAGAUACAAAUAUGCGAGGAUUACUGAAGGCGGCUGGUGUGCUUCAGGUUCCGCACCUUAUCUUUCACUUGAUCUUCAAAAAGAAUAUUACAUAACACGGGUUGUGGUUAUGGGUAAUAAAUAUCUGACACAAUGGAGUGAGUCAUAUUCAAUAAAAUACAGUCACAAUAAAACUUUGGUGGAUACGAGCAGUGAAAUACAGGUAUAUUUUGAGCAGUGAAAUACAGGUUACAUAUUCAAAAAGAAUAUCACAUACCACGGGUUGUGGGUGAUCAAGAUCAAACAAAGUGAGUCAUAUAUAUUCAAUGAAUUGCAGUCAUGACCAAGUUGACUAUCUUGAAAAGGGAGCAAGUUACCAACAUUCUAUAAAAGAAAUUGUUAAGUCAUUUUAAGUGAUCUUUACAAUGCAACGAUAAACCUUUGGGGUGAAAUGUCGUGUCACAGGCACUUUAAAUCCUGUAUUAAGCCCAUUGCCCAGGGACUUUCAUUGGAAGGGAAGCUUAGUGAAGAGGUAAAGAGUUAGUUGAGAAAGAGAGUUUAUAUAACUUGCAUAAGAUAGUCCAGCAACUAACAUGAAUUCCCUGCAGGUCAUUGAUAGAUCUGUUAGAGAUUCAUGUGUAUCAUUCUUGUGAAGGGCGAGGUAUACGAUGGGGGGAGGGGGUUAAUAAAAACAGGCUGCAUAAUUUUCUUUAUCUAGAUAUGGAGUUUUAAAGAAAACGUUCACAUGGGGCUGCAUGAACUCGGAACCGUACUCCGGCAAAUGCGCCCGGUUGUGCAUCUUCACACUAACCUGAGUAUCAGGCUCUAUUUUACAAAUAGAGCCUGACACAAAACUUAACCUGAUCGCUUUCCGCCCACAGCAAAGUUUAUAUUUAGUAUCCAAUCAAAAUGUCGCAGGAGAAAUUUAAAUUUCACACAACGACAACAACAAUCUAAAUAUAGCAUAGGCAGCCCACUAAACGGCUGAAUUUAAAUUAAAACUGCAAUGAACUUAUAAAAUUAACAAAAAUAAUCACAAAUUAGCGAAAUAUAUUGCAAAUGUAGCUUAUAUUAAAUCGCCACCCGAUUGCUCUCUCCUCCGCAGAGGUUUCAGUGACUACAAUGAGCUUUACAUCGCGCUUGCCGUAUUUAUCAACAAACUGACGUAUAAUUAUAAAGUAUACUUUAUAACUAUACGUCAGUCGAUAGUGCAAUCUGAUGGCGAUUUAAUAUAAGCUACAUUUGCAAUAUAUUUCGCUAAUUUGCGAUUAUUUUCUAAUUUUACUGCAGUUUUAAUUUAAAUUCAGCCGUUUAGUGGGCCGGCUAUAAUUGUAGUUGUGAAUUGUGAUCGUUAUAAAAGAUAUCAACAACAAUAGUAUAAUCUAAUUAGCACCAGCCAAUCAAAUGACAGAUUUAAAAAUCGUUUGUCUAAUCGGCCAAUCAGCGCUCAGUCCAGAUUCUGGACUGAACAACCAGGCAAAAUGCCACUUUUGUGUCAGGCCGUACUUUUCUCCCCUUCGCCCACGAUCAGGCGUGCCUGUGCCCUAAAAAGUACGGCCUGAUACUCAGGUUAUCUUCACACGGAACCAGAUUAAUUACAAGACGAAAAGUGUUCACGCGGAACCGGAAAAAUUUACGUUUAAAUUGGGUUCCGAACGUAAAUUGGGUUCCCAACCUGGCAUCCGGCCUGUGUGAAGGAGGGCUAAGAAAGGGGCUUCCAUCUGUUUUGCCUUGACAUUACCGACAGCAUUUACAGUUAUAUUAUUAAUUAAAAUGCAUUUAAAUUUUACUUGCCACCAACGCAAAGCAGACUCAGUACAACUCGGAGAUUUAAAAUUAAUUAUCUCUGAAUUCUUACUAUCUCUCAGAUAACAGGAAACCAGAAUGGUUACCAAGCGUCGACUACGCCGGUUGAGAUUUACAAUGUGAGGCAUGUAAAGAUACAGUCAACUGGAAACACGAACUUUUGCCUUAGAAUAGAACUCUGUGGAAAAGGUUAGCUUAUUUUCUAUUAUGGUCUAAAUAAUAAUUUUACUGUGAAUUGGUUGUCUGACGGAAUGUAUCUGACAUUUUCUUUUGACCGACACGAUUUUGUUAAAACAACCUAAACAAUUAUGCUUGUGAUAUACCGGGAAAGCUUGAAAAAUAUGCCUGGCCACGGUGGGAAUCGAACCUAGGACCUUUGGAAGACUAGCCCAAUGCUCUACCAACUGAGCUACGCGGUCAGGUCGGUUCGAGUGUGCGAUAUUUCGGAACAGAAUCUAGUUCCUUCGAUAUCAAUGCAAACUUGUAUAUUCUGUGUUGGUGUAAUGUGCUCAGGCGAAUAUGAUGCUUGUGAUGUUACUCUGAGUGUAUAUCCACAUCGGGAAAGCUUGAAAAAAUGCCUGUCUACGGUGGGAAUCGAACCUACGACCUUUGGAAUACUAGCCCAAUGCUCUGCCAAACUGACGUCAGAGUAACAUCACAAGCAUCAUAUUCACCUCAUGAGUACAUUACACCAGCACAGAAAAAGAUCAUGAUUACACAAGAUUGCAUUAAUAUCGAAGGAACUAGAUUCUGUUCCGAAAUAUCACAUGCUCAAACCGACCGGACAGCGUAGCACAGUUGGUAGAGCAUGGGGCUAGUAUUCCAAAGGUCGUAGGUUCGAUUCCCACCGUGGACAGGCAUAUUUUUCAAGCUUGUCCGGUGUGGAUAUACACUCAGAGUAACAUCACAAGCAUCAUAUUCACCUGAGUACAUUACACCAACACAGAAAAAAAUCAACCUAAACAAUUGUUUAAAUACUCAAUUUAUUUGUUGUUUUAAUUAACCAAUAAAAUACUCGUCAAAUAAGUAUAUACAUAUAUAUAUAUAUAUAUAUACAUAUAUAUAUAUAUAUAUAUAUAUAUAUAUAUAUAUAUAUAUAUAUAUAUAUAUAUAUAUAUAUAUAUACCAACAAAUCCUAUUCUAAAAUUAUAUAUAUAGCUAUUCUAAGAAACCCAUCCACAUAAUUAAUUAGGUUAAACGACGGGGAUAUCGAUUCCGUCUCAACUUUUCCAGUUAAUUUCUCGUCUUAAAGACAAAAAUCUGUCUUCUAAUAUAAAUUCAGCUAUCAGAUUGCCCUGCAGGUUUCAAUUAUAAUGUGAUAAAUAUUCGGCCUACAUCCUUUGUUUUCUUAAAAAUUGUUCAGGUUGUAAAUUGGACUUAUGCUUAACAUAUCAAACGUUUCCAAAUUUUUGAACAUCAGUGUCCUGCAAAACCAAGCUGGCUCAGUAGCAUGCUUAAUUUCUUACCAAACUUCGUGGUAUUUCAUAUUUAGUUCAAACUCCAGCUCCUGUAUACGAUAUUAACAUUACACCAUACGAACGUGCAGCACUUGUGACGUGGAGAAUACGUACAGCGCCAGAAGACUCCAGUUAUAUAACAAAGAUCAUUAUAUAUCUCAACCGUAGAAAAUACGAGACUAUAUCUCGAGGAACUCAGAUCGUUAUUAAAAAACUUGUACCGAACACCAGGUAUCAAGUUGAAAUUGAGACUGAAGAUGGUUCUUCGCAGAAAAGCGGAAAAGUUUCUAGAAAUCUUAACACCAAGAAAGCAGGUAAACGUAGCAAGUUGGUUUGCUGAAACGUGCAAGUAUCGUAAAUUCGCCUCUGAAAUAGUCAGCUCCCUCUCUUAUGAGUCCCGACUUAAUUCUAUGAUAAUAAUGAUAAUGUGUUUUUGAUGCGCUUUUCUCUGAUAUACCACAAAAUCAUUUAAGAAAUAAGAGAAUUUUGUUUUGCUAAUUUUACGUGGAACAAAUGGAACAUAUUGUUGUAUUCAUCUUGUAUACAACCACUUCAGAUAUUUACAUGCAUGCGUGUACAAGUAGCAGGCAUAUAAACAUCAGCUCCGAGGCUGACUAUGGUUGAGGUCUAAAUUAGAAGCAUAUUUACUUUUGCAAAGCUUGCGAAACGUAAGCCUGCGGGAUCAUCAGGAGUGCUAUGAGUGCUAUAAUUGUAUAAUUAACAAUUAAUCACCGAAGUGGAGGUGAACAGUAUAGUUUUAUUCAAUACCUCAACACUUGACAAAACCGCUUCUUUUAGCACCCUCCCCCCCAGCUUCUUUAGCACCCCGCACCAAACAGCUUCUUUUAGCACUUCGAGUAUCUACGCUAUUUUUAUCAUAGUAGAUAUCUUAUUCUUCCCUGAUAAUGGUUUAAGCUUACAGUUAAACAAUGUAACACAGUAUACCUAAACAUGUAGAACGGUAAAUGGCUCUAGUUGGGAUCCUCUUUCGUUAUAAAUUACCCCAUUUUCUUUUCUUUUCACUGAAGGCGAAAUAUGUGAUAAACCUUUACUCAAAGACAUACAUCGCACUUUUCCAAACAAAGUAUUUUCUGGCAGUGGUGGUUCCAAUGAUUAUCAAAAUGCGAGGUUUACUGGUCGUGGCUGGUGCCCUUCGCGCUCUGGCUCGUAUCUUUCACUCGAUCUUCAAAAAGAAUAUCACAUAACACGGGUUGCGGUUAUGGGUGAUAGAGAUCAGACUAAAUGGAGUGAGUCAUAUUCAAUGAAAUACAGCCAUGACAAAACUUUGGUGGAUAAAAGUAGUGCAAUACAGGUAUAUUUUCUACGAAAAUAACAAAAAUGUAUUUAUGGUUGUAAUAAAAUACUGUCCUGAAAAGAAUGUAGGUAUAAAUCUAUAGCAAUUAACGUAACUCUUAACCUCAAUCUAGCCCCUAAAACGUUUACUUCAGGCUUAUUGAUUUAGUCCAAAACAUGUUUAAGAUGGCCUAGCAAAAGCUAACUAUGAAUUUCCAGAUUAGUUAGCAUAUUUAGUAAACGGCUACAUGUGUUUCUUUCUUGUGAGGGGAGAGGAGAGGGGAGAGGUUAAUAGCCUAAAACUGGAUAAAUUUCUCCAUCACAACCGGAAAUUGCAAAGAAAAAUGACCAUGUCGCUGAUUUUCAUUCCAAAAGUAGUCAUUUAUAAGAAUACUUCUGCGCUUUUUGGUUUGCUUUCGACUUACUUAUGGCGAAAAAAGCUGAAAUUUUAAGUUUAGAUGGCUAUGAAAUGUGCUUAAGUCUUACUAUCUUUCAGAUAACAGGAAACCAGAAUGGCCACGAAGCAUCGACUACGGUCGUGGGUAUUUAUAAUGUUAGAUAUAUAAAGAUACAAUCAACUGGAAACACAGACUUUUGUCUCAGAAUAGAACUCUGUGGAGAAGGUACGUUAGCUUUUUUCUAUUACUGGUUAAACAGGAUUUUCGCUAUAUGCAUGCGUUAUUACUGAUUAGAUUGGAAAAUUAGCCAUCAGAAAUUACUAGACGUAAGCAAACUUUUACUUUGCUCUUUCUCUUAACCAUUUUUGACAAAGUUGGCGUGGCUAAAACUGUUAACUUAUCCAACUUAUGGAGAUUAGGUUUAAAGCAUUUCGACACUUUAAAUUUAGAAAUAAUAUUUAAUGGAGAAAAUGAUACUGAUCAUUAAGACUGAUCAUUUGGUGUCCCUACCAUCAAGAUUUCGUUUCAUGUAAAAAUUAUUUGUAUCAAUGAGACAGAAACUUGACAAAUAAAGGGAAUUUAGCCAAAUUCCCUUUAUUUGCUGUUUUUUACCGUUUUUGUCCCAAAGCAGGUAAUUUGAUGUAUUCAAAUAACCUUUUAACUUUCCCUAAUGUGCUGUAAGUUUCAUAAGUGUAAAAAACUUGUGACUGUUGCGCGGGGGCCGGGGAAAACGUUCCCAUGGGGCCUUAUGACAUCAUAAUUGUAAAACGGGAGUGGUUUUAUAUUCUCAGUUACAGCCGUUGAUUUCACGAAACUUUGGCCACGCCAAUUGCGAGGUUGGUUGGGAAUUUGGGAACUAUAUACACGAGAUCAUCAAGUUGAUUGGAAACCGGCCAAUCAAAUUUGGAAUUUUCGCAUCAAAUUAUCGAAAUUCGUUAUGAAAUUCCGAACCAAGUUCGCAAGCAAGUUCGCAAAUUGCAAACGAUUUUGGCGGUAAAUUUUAAAAACUAAACUUAUUUUAUUAAACUUAUUCAUUUAAUAAUAAAUAAUAUCAUAACAAUAAUAAUUUCAGGUUUAAAAUUAUAAUAGUUUAAUAAAGUAAGUUUACUUCCAAAAUCGUUUGCAAUUUGCGAACUUGCUUGCGAAUUUGGUUCGGAAUUUCGUAACGAAUUUCGAUAAUUUGAUGCGAAACUUCCGAAUUUGAUUGGCCGGUUUCCAAUCAACUUGAUGAUCUCGUGUUUAUAGUUCCCAAAUUCCCAACCAACCUUGCAACUGGCGCGGCCGAAGUUUCGUGAAAUCAACUGUAAGAAAUCUAAAUCUAAGAGCCUUCGUUGCUUUGGCGGCCCUUUUGAUCAAGGAGUUUGGCAACCUCGUACCCAGGGCUAGUCGCGAAUUGAAGGCGGCUAUUCGCGACUAGCCCUGGGUACGAGGUUGGGAGUUUGGGCCCCUUUGCCCCUCUCUACAUCAGGAAUAUUUGGCGACUUGAGCAACUCAAAGCGAAUUUUAGUCCCGUAGACGUAGUAAAUGUAAGUCUUUACACCAGGAUAAAUUUCUUGCUAACGUUUGCGUUGUUUUCAAUCUUAGUUCAAAAACCUGCUUCUGUAUACGAUAUUAAAAUUACACCGUCAAACACCUCGGCACAAGUGACAAUGGGAAAUCCAGCGCCUGAUACGUCCAGUUACAUAAUACGUUACCAUAUUGAACUCAACGGAAGCUAUCUAAAGAGAAUACUUCGACAGGAACCUAGAACUGAAUUCAGUAUUACUGGACUGACUCCCUUCACUAACUAUACUGUUAGAAUUUCGGCUAGAGAUGGCUCUUCACAAUGGAGUAGCAGCACAGAUAUAAUAUUUAUGACCAAUACAUCAGGUGAAGAAAGAAGAUGUUUCUUUGAAUAUAUCUUAACUAUAUGUGUAUAGCAAUGCGCACAAAUGUUUUUUUCAACUAUGUUUCCGCAUCUCCUUGAAAGAAAAAAAUAUUUCGAAGAAAAAGGGACCUAAAACCUUGUAGGUGGAUCUGGGGUCCAUCCCCAGAAAACGUUUAUAUUUCUUAGCCUCUGGAGCUUGAUUUUUGUUUUUUUAGACACAAUUUUUUAUAUAUUUUAUCCGCUAGAUAAAGGUUUAGUUAUGGGAAUAUGAAAACACCGAUCCUACUUACCCGAGUUAUUCUUCCCUUCCUUGCUGAUAUUUUACAUUCGCUGAUGGAGGGGGUAACAUAGGACACUGAAGGUGCCUACUUUGAGCCUUAUUAUAAAUAUUAUCAUCCUGAAUUCAAGCACUAAUAAUUUCAUCCUUGCAACCCUAUCCUGAACUUUUCCCCAACCGCUUACCUAACUCAAACCCCAAUCCCAUUCUGCUUAAUAGUACACCUUGAUUUACCCGGGCUCCUAUAAUCCUUGCCGUAAUCCGCAACAUAUAGGUAUAUGUAAAGAUCUCCCGAACGUGACUCGCAAUACACGCUUUCGGAAAGUACUUAACCAUGGCUAUAGAGCCUCGUUUUUUUGUGAUUAAGACAUGCAUGACAUAUGCGAAACCAAGGCUAUAUAGCCAAAGUGACGAACGUAUUACGUACUACAUAUUGACAGUAAUGAGUGACAUCGUCUUUUUCUCUUUUUUUCAGUACCUAGUGGGGCUCCAGGAUUGGUGACUUUCACAAACCGCAGUAAAGAACAACUGACAGUAUCCUGGAGUGCUCCAUCUAAACAUUUGCGGAAUGGUAAACUGACAGGAUAUAGAGUUUGUUAUUCUGACAAAGCAAAUUCAAGUAAUCCGAGUUGCUCUCAAAAAAAUGCUUUGUCAAAUACCACUGUGAUACAAAAACUUCUACCUGCUACAAAAUAUUUUGUGACUGUCGCGGCAGCUACGAGUGCUGGUUAUGGGCCCAAGAGUAUGGAAAUCAGUAAAAUUACAAAUGGAGGUAAACACAGAUCAGAUUCAAUUUGUUGAAGCAAUCAUGCAGCAACCUCAAGAUGACUGGAAAUUGUCUAUACUCAACUACCAAGUAUUCCAUGAAUUUUAUUCGUGUACCAAUUACACUAUAUAUUUAUUAUUUAAAUAAUAAUUAACAAAGUUAAAAAUCGGUCCAAUUCUCUAUGAUUCUUCUUCACGAAGUUGUCUAAAUAAGCUUUUAAAUAAAUUAAUUGGUAUUUACCCUUGUAGGCUUGUAUAGGUCACAUUUUCAACAACCGGUCGUUAACUUGGUAAUAAACUUUGGAAGAAGCAAUCCAAGAACGCGCAUAUAAUAUAAACUACUCGUGAUUUUUUAGAGCGUGUGCAGGAUCCUGUUGCGACGUCUUAUUCAAGCCUAAGCCUAACUAUAAUGAAACCUGCUACGUAUAUCAAGUAAGUAUCUGAUAUGAUCAUUAUUAACUCAUCAAGAGACAGGAAAAGAAACAUGUUCACAAAGGACAAAAUUAAACUACGAAACUAAACUGCACAAUAUUAAUUAUGAAUGGUGAUGAUUAAUCCAGAUCAGCUUCUGCAGUCCAAUGUAUUAAUUAGCAUCAAUCAAUCAAAUUAAUGACGCCAAACACAUCGCAGUGACAUAUUAAACGAGUAUAAUUGACACAUAAUGACUGCCUCGUCCCCAGUCGCUUUCAAAGGGGGAGAGGAAAACCAGAAAAAAUUCAUAUCCCAUCAUUCGUUGCCCGGCAAUGAUAUCACAGUCACUGAUCUAUAUAGAUUGCAAUUGCACUGCACUGUGCCCAACGAAGGGCCUGCGGAGGAGGCAGACAUAAUGAAACAAAAUAUCACAUUAGCAAAAAAUAUACUAAACAUACAAGCAUACGACAAAUUUAGAAAGGAACAAAGUUAAAAACAAAACAGUGAAUGACUGGAUGGCAUCAAGAAUUGAUGGGAUUUUCGAAAUGAUAAAAAUGCAACAUUCUGGCCACGUGUGAUGAAAGGGCCAAUGUAUUGACUUAACCAGGUAUGGCACACUGCUUUUCUGCAUGACAUGUUUUGCAUUUAGAGAAGUGAUGAUUGUCGUAGAUCUUGCUCCGAAAAAUCGUGGAGUGGAAAAAAUUGGAAAAAGCGAUCUCAAACCUUACCAUACAAACACAAAAGAUCCUUAUGUCACUGCAUAUUUGAAAGCUGAAGUUCUCCCUCUGACAUUCGUGAUUGGUGAUGGCAAGGAAUAUAACUCUGCAAAAGAAAACUACUUCAACCAGCCUCUUAUACAAAAUUCAAGUUAUAUCGCGUUCCUACGAUUUUUUGAAAGUGAGGUAAAUUCUGUAAAAACAGAACUUGUGCCUUCAUAUUUUUGAAGAAAACUUGGUUAAUGAAUAUUUUGUUUUCUAAAGGAUUCGUAUUACUCGACAGCGUGGAGCAACGUUGUUAUAACGUUGAUAAAACCUCGAGGUAAAUUUUCUCCAAGCAUUACAAAUUAAAUAAGAAUUUUUAUAAUCCAGGUAAGCCCUUGUUAUGCUUAUCUAGUUGAUAGAAAAAUAAUUACAAAAAUGUAUUCUUAAAUUAGGGGGACAAAGUUAUACAUUGAGGGGCUGAGCAAAACUAAGCUGCGCAAUUGUCUCAUCCGAACAGCACAACUAAUUAGUGAGUGCAACAACAUAGGUACAAAAAAAUCUCCCAAACGCGUGACUCCCAAUAGACGCGCUUCCGGAAAAAAAGUCACCUUGGCUAUAUAUCUUGGCAUCGUCUUUUCGUGAUUAAGACGAUGGGCUUUAAACAAUGUCAUGCCAUCGGCUUUAAACAAUGUCACUAUACGAAAACGAGGCUCUAUAGCCAAUGACGUAUGUUGUCGAAAGGUGUAUUGCCAGCAAUGAGUGCAUGCCAUCAUGAUUUUUCUUCUCUUUAUUCAGUACCUGGCGGACCUCCAUGGAAUGUAACUAUCACAAAGCGCAGUAAAAACGAACUGACAGUAUCAUGGAGAGCUCCUGAUCAAAGUUUACAGACUGAUGAACUGACAGGAUAUAAAGUUUGCUAUUCCGACAAAGCAAGAUCAAGUAAUUCAAAUUGCUCUGUUUGCUAUUCAGACAAAGUAAGAUCAAGGAAUCCGAGUUGCUUUCAAGAAAAUGAUCAGUCAUAUACCACUGUGAUAAAAAAACUUCGACCUGCUGCAAAGUACUUUGUGACUGUCACGGCUGGUGCGAGUGGUGGUUAUGGGCCCAAGAGUGCGGAAAUUAGUAAAAUAACAAAUGGAG